CGGAAUUCUAUAUUUACAAUGUUCCGCAAUUUGCUAAUAUUUGAGUAAUUAACCUGAAAUCUUCAAAGUGUGCACAAAACCUGUUCAUAGUCUUCUUCCUCCUCUCAUGUAUGUUGUACUGUUUUUUCACUAAGAAAUUUCUUCCAUAUAUCAUCUCCAAAUAAUGUAUCUUGCACUGUUUUUUUCUAAUUCAUUUUAUCUCCUUCCUUUGAAUGUACUCUUCUUUGUCUUCUCUAGCCCGCCUAUAACAGUUUCCCGGGCAACCUGCUGUUUCUGACCUCUACAACUCACCUUCCGACAAUUCACCAUUCUGCUGCACUGAUCUUUUCAAAUUUGACUGUAAUUUAGGUUCAAUCACAAUAAUAAAGCUAAUCCAUGCGCUCGAAGAUUGAAGCUUUAUUCCCAAAAUUACCGAGCUGACAUCGCUAAAUCGUUUAAUAGAUGGUGGAGACGCUAACGACGACGUCUCCUUCGCGGUGUCGCCGCUGGAUCCCUUCGUUCUUCUCCACACACAAGACUCUCAUCGUUCUUCUAUGGAUCACCCUUUUCCUCACUGCGUUUUUAUGGAAGUGGGAUGCUGCCGACAGAAUCUUACUUUUCCGGCGGGUCUUCCCGGUGAGGCAACUACCCAGGCUCCGUCCUGUGGCGUUUAACUUGACGGACUUUGGAGGGAUCGGGGAUGGAGUUUCGAUCAAUACGGCGGCGUUUGAGAAGGCUAUUCUGGCGAUCUCUAAGCUCGAUAAGAAGGGAGGAGGGCAGCUUAAUGUUCCUCCCGGGUUUUGGCUAACCGGUCCAUUUAAUCUCACCAGUCAUAUGACCCUCUUCCUAGCGGAGGGCGCUGUUAUUCUUGGCAUUGAUGAUGAGAAGUAUUGGCCUCUCAUGCCUCCAUUACCUUCAUAUGGAUAUGGGAGAGAGCAUCCCGGACCGCGCUAUGGAAGUUUAAUCCAUGGCCAGAAUCUCACAGAUGUUGUCAUAACAGGUCACAAUGGCACCAUAAAUGGGCAGGGCCAAACAUGGUGGAAGAAAUAUAGGCAGAAACUUCUAAACUACACCAGGGGACCACUUGUUCAGAUAAUGUGGUCUAGGGAUAUUCUGGUCCAGAACGUAACACUGCGUGAUUCCCCCUUUUGGACCUUCCAUCCAUAUGAUUGUAAGAACAUUAUUGUGAGAGACGUAACAAUACUUGCACCUAUUACAGAAGCUCCAAAUACUGAUGGCAUUGAUCCCGAUUCAUGUGAAGAUAUGCUUAUUGAAAACUGUUACAUAAGUGUUGGAGAUGAUGGCAUUGCGAUAAAGAGUGGUUGGGAUCAAUAUGGGAUAGCCUAUGGACGGCCAUCAAGAAAUAUACUCAUAAGAAAUGUUGUAGUUCGUUCCAUGGUCAGUGCCGGAGUAUCAAUAGGAAGUGAGAUGUCCGGUGGGGUUUCAAACAUCACCGUUGAGAACUUACACGUGUGGAGCUCAAGACGUGCGGUUCGAAUCAAGACUGCCCCAGGCAGGGGAGGGUACGUUACGGGCAUAACAUACCAUAACCUGACCUUUGAAGAUGUCCGCGUUGGUAUUGUCAUAAAAACAGAUUACAAUGAACAUCCAGAUGACAAGUUUGACCCUAAAGCAGUUCCCAUACUAGAGGACAUAACUUACACGUCCAUCCACGGCGAGGGGGUAAGGGUUCCUGUCCGUCUCCAGGGGAGCGAGGAAGUCCCCAUUUGGAACGUCACUUUCCGGGAUAUGUCUGUCGGGAUCACGUAUAAGAAGAAGCACAUAUUUCAGUGUGCUUAUGUUCAAGGACGUGUUAUAGGUACAAUCUACCCUGCACCGUGUGUGAACCUUGAUUUGUACGACGAACAAGGACAAUUGAUCAGACAGUCAGAUUCCCAGAAUGUGUCCGACAUAGAUUAUAGCUUUUGAAAUUCCAUUUUAGUACAUCUCCUAAAUCGCCGCCUUAAACUGCAUUACCCCUUACUUUGUUUUUUAUUUUUCCAAGUUCCUUUUUCAUUCUUUGUAUGUACAGUUAAUGUAUCCAAAGGCAUAUCAAUAUAGUUUCUGGAAUGCUAAAAAGACUUAUAAUCCAUCUUCAUAUUGCAAAUAUGAUAAAGUU